AUGUCGGCCCAGAUCAAGGGGGGGGGCUUUUGCUGGGGGUUGGUCUGGUCCGGGGUGGGGGACCAAGCCCGAAGCAGGAACGAGAUGGGAGAUAAAGACAAGUGGACAUAUGAGUGCCUCAGAAUUGUUCUGAUUGGGAAGACUGGUUGUGGGAAGAGCUCUUCAGGAAAUACUAUCCUUGGUAGAAAAGAGUUUGAAGUUGACAUAAGCCAAAAAUCAGUGACAAGGUGCUGUAAGAAAUCCCUGGGUGAGGUGGAGGGCCGUCCAGUUGCUGUGGUGGACACUCCUGGUUUGUUUGAUGACAGUUUAACACAAGAGGAGGUGCAGCUAAAAUUGGUCAAAUGUAUCAGCCUUCUGGCACCGGGUCCACACGUCUUCCUGGUAGUGGUACCAAUUGGAGGAAGAAUCACACCGGAGGAGAUGGAGACAUUAAAACUAAUUAAAGAAGGUAUUGGGAGGAAUUCUGAAAAGUACACCAUCAUGCUUUUUACCAGAGGAGAUUGGCUGAAAGGUAAACUGUCCAUAGAAGAAUAUGUUGAAGAAUAUAUUGAUGUCUCCUUUAAAAAGUUUAUUGGCAACUGUGGGGGAUACCAUAUGUUUGACAACAAUGACACCCAAAACCGCAGACAGGUUAUAGAGCUGGUCAGAAAGAUUGAUACCUUGGUGGCUAAAAAUGGAUGCUUUACCAAUGAGAUGCUGCAAGAGGCUGAAAGAGCCAUACAGAACCAAAUUCAGCUAAUCCUGAAGGAGAAAGAAGAAGAAAUGGAGAAAGAAAAGAAGAAGCUGGAGGAAAGACACCAAAAGCAAAUGGAGGAAAUGGAAAGAAAUGAAAAUGCACAGAAAGAAAAGGAGUUGAAGGAGGAAAAAAUUAAGGAGAUAGAGAAAAAACUUCAACAGAGUGAGGAAGAAAAAAAGAAAGAACAAGAACAGAGAAAAAAAGAGGAAGCGAAAUGGAAGCAGGAAAGAGAAGCUUUGAUUGGAAACCAACCGAAAGAGAGGGUUCUGAAGAUGUACAUCUAA